AUGUUCGCCGACAGCGCUUUGAUGAGUCCUGACUUUGACGAGGAGGCGUACCUGCGCUACGCCCUUCAUGACCCCAACUGUCAGGCAGAGCAGGCCCGUCUCGCAUCGUGCGUCAAGGCCGUACGGGAGGAAGUUCACAAAAUACUCUCGGAGAACGCGGAAGACAUGCUGCAGCAGGUCACGGCGGCCUGCCGGGCACAGCGAGACGUUGCUGCGGUGCGUCAGGCUACAUUUUCCCUCAUGGGCUCCACUAACAGACUCCGGCACACGAUUCAGGAGCCCUAUCGUGUCAUCAGUGCGAACAUCACGAAGUUGGGGAACAUGAACGCCGCCAUAAAUAUCCUGCGGAGUAUUCUGAAGUUUAUUGGUCUUACCACGCGUCUGAAGAGUCAACCUUCCCAAGACCUUGCCCGGGCCUCGCGCACACUGCGGGAGGUGGAGGAACUGCUUCAAACCAGCAACAUUAAAGGGAUAGAGGUGGUGGAUAACCGCAUUGACACUGUAGAGCGAGCCGCGGUCACAAUUCGUACAAAGGCUCAGGAAAUGCUGCGACACGGGGAUGCUCAAGAUGCAUCUGGUGUGGCCAUUUCUUUGCAAUGCCUCUUUACUCUGGGUCUUCUUCCUCGGGUGCUCGGUAGCCUCAUGACAGAACAGAAGCGUGAGGUGAUACGCUCGCUCAUGAGGGACUUGGACCCGCAAACGAUUGUUGAUGAGGUGAAUCAUGGAGGGAGCAGCGCCACAAACGACAUGAAUCUUCGAAUGCGUGAAGUUCUCUUUUCACGUA